AGUGAAAGGGGGAGGGAUGGAGAAGGUUAGAUUGUGCCCAGACUCAUUCUGCAUUGCUGAAGAGAGAGAGAGUCUAGCAGGAUCUUGUUUUGUGUAGCUGCUAGUUCAGCACUGUUAGCUGCAGUCUCUGCUUCGCUGUACCAAGGGUUUUGGCCAUGCUGUUUGCUCUGCCCAGGCUCGCUGUGUUUAUCUCUGCAGUGCUCUUCAAUGGUGUUGUAGUCUGGGCAAGUACAAACACGGAUCUUGAUCCAGGGUUCGUCCAGUGUCAAGAGUGUUUUUUCAGAGGCACACCUCCACAGUCACUGUCUGAGCUGGGUUUGGAGCAGAGGUGUCACAGACAUCUGACCGGACGGCCUUUUGCAUCGCUGUAUAACACCAACUGCCAGACCACCGUCUAUACGGCCCUUCACCUCAGCCUGAAUAAUGGAUGGGGCAGAGGAGAGCAGAGCACGGAUUCCAAAGAAGAAAUCAAUGGAGAUUCCCAUGUGGCCAUCCCAGCUCUUUACAGAGGAACCACCAAUAUGACCCCAUCUCCAUCAAACUCCCCUCUCUUGAAAUGGGAUGCUCUGACAGCAGAGCUGAUACGGAGCUCCGUUGUACCGAUGUGUUCAGAGACGAGUGGGGAAAUUUAUGUGCAGAUUGGUGUGGGCGGGUUUAAUGAGUGUGGGGGGAAAUUAUUGUGGUCAGCAAUGUGUUGUGCUGCUUCAGAUGGAGAUGCUAGUUUCAGUGUUGGGCUAGUGAAGGAGGGGGAUGUGAGGGUGCUCAGCAUUACAGCAUUAGAGGAGCUGAUAGGAGUUACAAGCCUGUUUUCGGGAGGUUGUGGUGAAAUGGGACGUCAGGGAGAAGACCUUGCGUCACUCUUGGACAAGCAACUUAAUGACAUCAAAACACCCAACUCUGAUGCACAAAGUGAAGAAGACAUUGGCGUACAUAACACUCAGGAAGCAGGAACGUCAGAAUCAGAAAUUGAGGAAGUGACAGAGCAUGUUAAUGGCGAAGCCUCAAGCUACACAUCUUCCUUGAGCUCAGACAUGGACGUUGAGGAGAGCACCAAUGAGACAGAGAGCUCAGGUUCUGCUCUAAUUUACAUUUUGUCUUCCACCAUCUCUCUCCUUUAUGCCCCUUUUUCUCCGAUCGUAAACAAGGUCGCUAACUUUCCCUUCCAGCUCACCUACGUUCUUCAGGAAGAUCUGGCUGUUCUUGCCUCGGUGCCUGUUGACAGCUACACUUUGGUCAACAACCUGUGCUCAGGAGUGUGUUCUGGGGUUUCAUGCGUGUUGGGCACCUUGUACCAGACAGGAGAAACAAGCGUGUGCACCAUUUACUCCUGCCUCAGUCCAAUAGCCAGCAGCCUGAUCCUGGCAUUCCAGGAGGGAUUCACAGGGACGGGCACUCUGGCGUCGGAUGCCUUAGGGAUUGUGACGGGAACGAUGGGGAAUGGUUUUAGGAUCAUCAGGAUGGUUCUCGGGUCAGUCUGGGAUCAGAUGUUAGAUUACCUGUGUACCGUAUCUUCAGAAAUGGGCUAUCAGGUGUCAACAGUAGGUAGUGGGAUUGGAAAACUUACCUGGAGAAGUGGAAGAGGGGUGGGCCACCUGCUAAACAUUGUUGCGUCCAUCGUAGGUGGAGUGGUUGAGAAUACAAUAACCAAUGUCCAGGAAGCUUUCGGAGGGAGCUCAGGGGAAUCAUCUGAAUCGCAAAUGCCUGAAGUGCUGAAAUCUGAAGUGGUCAGUGAAUAGAUUUAAAUGUGUGUAUAUGCCUGUGUUAUUACACUACAAAUAAAGUGCAACAAAUCCCUCCCACUUUUUCAUUUGGUUCUGGAAGUAUUUUUCCCAUUCAUCUUUUCAAUAGGGGUUUGUAAAAAAGCGAACUAAACCAGCCAGCUACGAGGUAAAUCACAUUACAUUUGAUUUAAAGCAAAAGACAACUUAGCGGCUUUAACUGAGAGAACUACAAUUGUGACAUAAUUGAUUCUCUGAUUGGUGGAGAUGUCUGUGCAGAAUCAUGGGUAAUGUAGUUUUAACAAAUUCCGCUGUCUAGCACGAUUCUUUAAAAAAUGUGAAAUAAUGAAACAAUGCUGACUGGUGGCUUUUACAAAAUACCAUCGAUUAACAACCUUUGUAGCUCACAGUGUGUAUUAGCUAUAGUUAAAAAUCAAUUCCCUGGUGAAAUUGAAUGGGAUUUUUACUGCUAGAACCCAACUGUCACACUAUAUAGUAUCUUGUAGACUGGACAAUGAAUAUUGACCGUAUCUGGCAUGUGGAUAUGAAUCAUGAAACCUCUAUUUUACAGUCUGCCUUAAAAGUAGGGAAUGAAUGGUGCACUGCAGGGUGUUCUGAGCCCAUUUCAAGGUGCUGAGCAAUGUUUAUUAAGUGGCAAACAGAUGAUGUAACUGUUGAGAGAUGUAUGUCAUUUCAUCUGACAUAAAAAGGCCUUGCUGUGUCAUGGUUUAUAUGCUGCAAUAAAACCUCUUCUCUGUGA